AUGAUUGCUACAACAAAUUUCAUUCAAGUGCUCUUGUCAUUUGUUAGCGCGCUGUUGUGCGCGCAGCUGGUGGCGACCGCGCUAACUGAAAUUAGUAGCGAUGUAGACACAGACAGUGAAUGGUCAUUGGACUUGAAGACGUCGUCGGCGAAUUUUGUACAACACAAUUAUGGAGCAACGGAAUUUACACCACCAUACAAUCUAACACAGCAGCAAAUGGAUGAUUACGAGCAAAUAAUGAGCGCCAGCGAGGAUAUGCCAUAUAGAUCGCAUGCGCUUUGGAAUCGUACACAAGGCGCAACUGCUGAUGACUAUGUCUCAGAAGACUCGCGCAGUUUCCUUUGUUUACCCAUUAUGCGCAUUUUUAAUGUGGAUAUACGACGCGAAUUGCUGCCGCAUGAACACGUUGCUGUCGUUGGUGAUCAUGUGCGACUGGGCGCUUGGCAAGUAGAGCACGGCAUAGAGAUGUUGCCGAGUAUGGAAAGAGGUGCGCAGUCUUCGCCGCAGAUUUGGACUGCCAAGGUGGUGGUAUGUGCCAACGCGCGCUUGCAUUAUCGUUACUUUAUUUACACCGUUGACAAGCAUGGACACCGGCGAGUGAGUGAGUGGGAAGGCGUACCGUAUGGGCGCGUGCUGGAGAAGCAUCAGAUUUAUCGACCACCAGGCAAAGAUAAAUUUGGGCUACUCUCACACAUGACCAUCGGCGAUGUGGAGCACGAGAAGGGCUGGCUGCGACACGAGUAUGUCGUCGAAUUUAAGUUCAUCUGGGAGCAGCAUAUGCAGUUCUAUCGCUACUUGGAUUUGAAUCGACGCACACAAUUUUGGCUGAAAAUGGCCGUUUCGCAAAACGGUCAUGCGCUACCACCCAGCGCGUGGCACAGCACAGAAUUGGAAGUGUCUCGCUACGCCUACAAUCGGUCACAGUUUCAACAACAGCCCAAGCGCGGUGUGGCGUACGUUGCGGGCGACAUAAUCAUAUUUCGCUUCACCGUGCCGCUUGGCACGCGAAACUCCUAUCAGCUAAGUAUUUCUACGGUGAAUGGUAUAAAUGUGGGUGAAGUUCUGGUAUUUCCCAUGGACUUGCGCGGUUUAGAGGGCGUACUUCGCUUGCCCAUACAUAAUAUCGUGAAUGGUUUUCAGGUUGGCACAUUAUCGCUACCCUACGUCAUAAUACGUCCUCUAGUCGGCGCUGUGGACUAUAAUCUGCGCGGCAGCUUUCAGCGCUAUUGGCCGAUGAACUGGCCCUCUAUGGAUGUGGGCCAUCGCGGCAUUGGCGCUAGCUUCAACAUGGAUGCACCCUUUGUGGAGAAUACCAUAGCCAGUUUUAAGUACGCUUACAAAAACAAGGCGGAUAUGGUAGAGCUGGACGUGCAGCUGACGCGCGACUAUGUACCGGUAGUAUGGCACGACUUUGGCUUCCAAACUGCGCCCAGUGGACGUAGAGUGAGACACAUAGAUGACUUGGAUUAUGUGCUCAUUCAGGAUCUCACCUACAAGCAGCUGAAGAGUAGUCGCGUCUUCGCCAUUGAGGAUGGAAAAAUCUAUGAUUACACGAGUUUCAAUGUGCGAAGCGCAUCCGAAGACGAGCGCUUAUUUCCCUUGCUGCCACAGAUCUUCAAAGCGUUGCCGCCAACGGUUGGCUUGGUUAUCGACAUUAAGUGGCCGCAGGUGCUGCAGAAUGGCGCCGCUGAGUCGGCGCACACACUCAAUAAAAAUCGUUUUGUUGAUGUUAUUCUACUGACGGUUGGGCAGAAAGGCUGCGGCCGGCCGCUCUUCUUCUCCAGCUUCGAUGCUGACAUCUGCACCAUGAUGCGCCUGAAGCAGAAUGUAUUCCCUGUGGCAUUCAUUACAAUGGGUGAAACAAGCUUGUGGGAGCCCUAUAUGGAUUUGCGCACGCGCUCCUUCCACGAUGCAGUGAAUUUUGCGCAAUCAGCCAACCUGCUGGGCACCGUUGCGCAUGCGGAAGAUUUUCUCGACAACUGCGCCACACCUGACCACGGUUUGGAUUUGGGUCAGGCGACAUUUGUGUGGGGCGAUGAUUUGCAUGACGCACAGACGGUUGAGCAAUUCAAGCGCUGGCAAGUGUCUGGCGUUAUCUACGAUCGCAUCGACCUGUAUGGGCCGCUGCGUAAGCGCGAUCGUUUUUUCAACACAGCUGACUUAGUAGACCUUUUUACACGCCAGUGCAUAGUUGUUGGGCAUUCGAAUUGCUCCAGUAUACUUGCGCUGCCGGAUGGAUUUGACUUGCAUGGAAAACCGGUGAGUCGACUGGGCUGUGAGGUGAUUGUGCAAGCCAUAAGCUGA